GCCAGCCGCGGGGAGUGUGCGACGGCUAGAGGUGGCGGGCCGCGUCUCCCGCUUCGCUUCCCUGCCUGGGGCUGGGUGGUCGACGCCGCCGCUCCGCUUCCCGGCUUCCUGGCUUCCCGGCUUCCCCGCGGGGCGCUCCGCAGAUGGGAAGAGGAAGAUUUCCCUGACAGGAGUUGAGAGGUGAGGUUUCUCGGCCAGGGACGCGCGAGCCUCGCUGCUUCUGGGUGGCGGCGCGAGGUGGCCGGGGCGCGACCCCGCACCGCGAGGGGACCGCACCGACCCGGCCUGGGGAAGGCCGCGCAGCCGCUGUGCCCUCGCCUGCGCAAAAUGACCAGGUUGUCAAGAUGAUUUGGCUGUGUGUCAAGAUGGCAGAACAGAGGCGCCUGUCACUCCCCCCCUCCACCAAGAAGAACCAGAACAGCAGCUGGCAGGCUGCAUUUUAAGGGAUGGAAGAUGGAAAGAAGUGUCAUUUUAUCCAUGGAUUGCAAUAGGUCUUCUUGAAAUUUAACUAUGCCAGCCCUCUCCUCAGAGAACCUUCCUCAGUACCAGCUACACGCACCAAACCAACCCCUAGAUGUUGACUGUAUGCUGCUCUUGAUCAUACUUGGGAAAAUACUAUUAAAUAUCCUCACACUAGGAAUGAGAAGAAAAGGCACCAACCAAAAUUUUAUGGACUACUUUUGCAUUUCACUAGCACUCAUCGAUCUUGUUCUUUUAGUAAAUAUUUCCAUUAUAUCCUACUUCAGGGAUUUUGUAUUUUUAGGCAUUAGGUUUACUAAAUACCACAUCUGCCUGUUGACGCAGAUUGUUUCCCUCACUUAUGGCCUUUUGCAUUAUCCAGUUUUCGUAAUAGCUUAUAUAGAUUAUUGCUUGAAUUUCUCCAGGACUCCGAAGCUGUCGUCCAAGGGUCAAAGGUUAUUUUAUUUGUCUAUAGUCAUUUUAAUUUGGAUUUCAGUCCUGGCUUACGUUCUGGGAGAUCCAGCUAUCCACCAAAGCCUGGAGGCACAGGGUGUCUCCUACCAGUGUCCGUCCUACGUCAGCUCUCAGAGUUACUGGCUCUCCGUUUCUAUGAUGUUGCUUUUGUCUGGGGCAUUUAUAACCUCUUGGUCAGAAGUCCUGACUUUGAUUCAGGCUGUGAGAAUAACUUCCUAUAUGAACGACACCAUCCUGUAUUUUCCCUUCUCCCCACACAAUAGCUACACUGGGAACUCUAAAAAGACCCUCACGCCCAAGCUCACUGUCUGCUUUCUUGGAACCUGGUUGCCGUUUGUGCUGCUUCAGGCGGUCAUGCUCUUCCUCAACGUGCAGAUGCCGGCCUACAUUGAGAUGAAUGUUCCCUGGCUGUACUUUGUCAACAGUUUUCUCAUUGCUACCGUUUGUUGGUUUAAUUGUCAUGAAGUUUAUUUAAAAGAUUCUGUAUUUCCUGUGGAUCCCUUUGUCAACUGGAAAUGCUGCUUCAUCCCGCUUAUGAUUCAUCAUCUUGAGCAAACUGAAAAGCCUAUAUCAGUAAUAAUUUGUUAGUGUUGCUACGUUAAAACUACAAUACAAAUCCUAGUUUACAAACCAGAAAGAAUGGCGGCUCAGGACAUAACCCGAAUGGAAGCUCUUGUUGCCUAACUUUUCCAUCUUUUCAGCACGUGUCUUUUGAGGCUUUAUUAUUUACUGAAUAAUCUUAAAGAUAAUGUCAAAAAAAUUAUGCCUCUUCAGGAACACUGUAUAUUUGUUAUUAAUACAGAAGUAAAAUAAGUUAACAUACAUUUGGUCAUACUGAUGUUUGCUUUACCCCACAAUGAUGUAAAAAGCUCUAUAAAUCUAAGAUUUCACUGCCAACUUUAAGACAUGAAUCUAAACAUUUUAUCAAAUUUAGAACAAGAAAAUCAAGACCAUUUUCCUCAAACAGUUUGGUGUAAAUUUUAAGGGGAAAACUGGGUCAUUUUAAAUUUAGAUAAUUAAAAAAAACUUUAAAUCU